CAGUUGCCGCACCACGUGUUGAUCGGGAUGUAGUACGUGAUGUCCUCGUUCUUCCUCUCCAUCGUAUCGGUAUGAAUGUUCUCCGGCACGUUCAUGAGCAUGAAAGAGUCCCCGCAGCCCAAGCAGGUCACCACCGCGUUCACCCGGCCGGUCUCCAUGGUCCCGAACUACAUCUGCGAGAUGGAGCAGCCGGGCAGGUUCAUACACACCCUGUCAACGGUCCUCAUGUUCAUCAACGUGAGCAUGAGGUUGGGGUCGAGCCUCGACUUGCAGUCCGUGCAGAUAAUGAAGAUGAAGAAGUCCAGGCUCUGCACGUGAGUAAGUCCUACCAUGGGCACAACGAUCGGCCACAGGAAGCACGGGUUCGCGUUCUUGAACGACUUCGUGACGAUGCCCAUGCAGGUACUGCAGAACACGGUCACGUUCCUGCGGCCUACAAGAGCUUCAACGGUGGACGAGAUCCUGUUCUUGUAGUCGUCCACCUCCGUGGUCUCGUCCGUGUCUGACUCCGAGUGGUUUAUGCUGACCACAAAGCUGUACGUGGGGAUGGUGAUGUUGAUGAAUAAGCUGUUGUUGUUGAUGUCGCUGUUGCGGUGCCAUGUGAACAGGAGUACAACAGGCUGUGGUGACCUGCAUGUCCUGGGAGAUGUCCGUGUGCACGUACCCCUUCGACUUGAUCGCCUUGACCGUGCACCUGUGGCAGCUCGUGAUCCUGAGUCGAUAGGUACUCGAGUACAUGUUCGGGUCCAAGCUCGAGGUGUUGUACCUGAU